AUGCCGGGGGAGGGUUCCGCCGAAGGCAUCCGGACCCUGCUCGUCCUUCAGUCCAACCAUCUCGAUAUGGGGUACAAAGACAUGUUGCCAGGCCUGAUCGACCUCUACUUCGACGAAUACUUCCCGCGCGCGGCGGCCGUCGGGGCGGAGCUGCGCAAGGCUGGCGGCCAGGCGCGGCUCCGUUGGAUGACGCACCCGUAUCUGGUAAGUCUGUACGUGAGCUGCCCGCCAGGCUUGGGCUUGCACUGCCCUGGCGAGGACGAGCUGGCCGUUUUCCAGGAGGCCGUGACGGCAGGCGACAUCUGGUGGCAGGGCUUCCCCGCGAACGCCGAGCUGGCGAUCAUGGACCCGUCUCUGAUCGAGGCGUCCGUUGCCAUGACGCAUGAGCUUGACGACCUAUUUGGGGUUCCACGCAAGAGGGCGGUGUCCACGCGGGACGUGCCCGGGAUGGACCGCUCGGCAAUCCCCGUGCUCCGGAGGAGCGGGAUAGACCUGCUCAGCGAGGGGCACAAUGGCUCCCCGUGGCCCGCCAACGUGCCGCCCGCCUUCCUGUGGGUCGACCGGUGCGCCGCCGGCUCCCACGCGCACGUGCGCGAGGGUGUCUCCCCACCUUCGGGCGAGUCAAUCCCGGUGCUCUGGACCAGGAACUACGGCGAUACCGGUGUUGUGCUGGCCCUGCCGAACAGCACCGUGGCCGUGGCCUACAAUUGGCGCGGCGACAACGCGGGCCCGCCAGAGACUGCCAAGGAGGUGCAGGACGUCUGGGACAGCUUGGCCAAGCUGGCCCCAGGCGCGGAAGUCCGCGCCAGCACCUUCGAGGAGAUCGCAGGAGAGUUGCAGCGGGUCCAGCACUUGCUGCCAGUGGUGGAGAGGGAGGUGGGGGACACGUGGAUCUUCGGGUGCGCGUCCGACCCGGCCAAGUUGGCCCAGACGAGGGCGGCGCAGAGACACCGCGCCGCGUGCGCGGGCCAGGCGGCGGGCCCGUGCCUGGAUCCAGGGCGCCUCGGCAACUUCAGCAGGCUCCUGAGCAAGAAUGCGGAGCACACCUGGGGGCUCUCGGUGUUCCACUUCUCCGGCGCGCAGUACAAGUGGUACCAGAACAGCGAGUUCCACGCAUUGCGCAGGACGAGCUACGAGGACCCCGCCAACAAGUCGGCGGCGUUCGUCAAACUGUUCGAGGACUCGUGGAGGGAUCAACGCCGCUUCGGCCUGGACGCGGCGCUGGCGGCCGUCGCUGGCACGCAGCUGGAGCGGGACAUCAGGAGCGAGUUUGCAGCACUGCGGCCCCCGCGCCCGUCGCUGGAGGGCCUCGUGCCGGUCUGGACGUCCUCCGUGGAUGGCGCGAGAGGUGUGCAUCCCGACUCGAUCCCAGAAGAAUCACGCUGGGCGGCUGGCUGGAGCUUGCCAUCCCGGGGGACGCGCCAUCGCCCACGCGGUCGACAAGCGCUCCGCAGCCGGCGCGGGCAGCUGGGCGAGCAGCACGUCCGCGCUGGCCGCGGUGCGCUACCGGACGAUGGCGGACGGCUGGGGCAGCGAGCUGGCCGCCUUCCGGGCCGAGUACCUGCUGAGCGACAACUGGGAGAGUACGGGAAGCCCAACUGCAACGGCACCGCAGGCUGUCUCAGCAGCCUCUCCGCGGCCACGCUCACUGGCCUCUGGAGGGAUGCGGAGAACACGUCGUUGAUGGUAGGCAUGCAGCUGCCUGCCCUGCUCCACGAGGAGUUCGGCGCUCCGAGUCAGGUAUGGAUGAACCUGACCGCCUCUGCGCCUGGCAGACUGUGUGCGGAGCUGUCGGUGUUCGAGAAGACAGCCACGCGCAUGGCCGAGGCCGGCUUGUUCGGCUUCUCCCCCGUCGACCCGGGCCAGGGCGCGACAGCGCCCGCCUCCCAGUGGGCGAUGGACAAACUGGGGGAGUGGGUGCUGCCCGAGGACCCUCGCCUCGGCGGUGACGCCGAGGAGAUCCGGAAGGGCCUGGGGACGCUCCGCAGGCCUGGCGGGACCGAAAUCCAGGACCUGCAGCGAUGUUUCAGUAAGGAUUUGCAGCCAGGUCUGCACGGCGUGAGCAGCGGGAUCAGCUUCGCGCGCACAGACGGCAGCAGCCUGUUCGUGGAGACGCUGGACGCUUCCAUUGUCUCCUGGGGCGGCCCGGACCCCUAUCCGACCCCGGUCCACGAGCAGCCUGACUGGAGUCGGGGUGCGAACUUCGUCUUGUGGGAUAACCUCUGGAACACGAACUACAUUUUCUGGUGGCCGUACGACACCCCGCCCGACCGACCGCACGACGACUUCCGCUUCCGCUUCGUCCUGCACUUCCGCGAGCACGAUGCCGACUUGCAUGGUGCGCGGGGCAAGCUGGACGACCACCUGAGCUUCCCCGUGGUGUUGCACAGCACCGUGGAUGGAAUUGCCCAGACAUCUGGCGUCGUGAUUCCUUCACAGCCUGGAUCCCCAGAGGUGAGUGGCGGCACUCGCGUUCUGACGGCCGCGCGCGCGUCGCGGGUCGGCGCCGCCAGCUCGGAGCCCGAAGGCUUCUUGGAGGCGUGGCGCGCUGCUGUUGCCCUCUCCGAGGGCCUCCUGCCGUCCUGGAGAGGAGCAACCGCACGUCCUCCCAGCGCCGAGUCUGCGGUGAUCCCGGCAGUAGACAUAAGUAACGAGCCCAUCAGGUACAGCUGGGAGUUCCUCCUCGGCUUCCUGGCCUCACUUGGGACGGGCCGCGGGGGCAAGGUGCGCGUGGAGAAGGGCGCCGGUAAGGGGGAGCCCCAGCCCUACCCGCUCGGCUGCACCAGCCCGGUGCUGACGGGCUUACCGCUCGCUCGGCCGGUCUUCUUGGUCGCCCGAGGUCGAGGAGCUGGAUGCGGCGACUUGGAGCAGUUGUGGAAGGCGUCCUGCUCACCUCCACGGGCCGAGGGGCCGCGGGGCCGCGAGACCCGGGCCGAGCUCCAGGUCCCGAUCAACGUCACGUCGACGACGCCCUGCGAGUUCAGGAUAGGGCUCGAGUUCGGCCGUGUCUACGAUGAGGUUUACGAGGCUUCUACAUUCGACCUCCAUGACGCGAACCUGGUAACAUGGGACCCCAGCAUCAUGCGAGCGCGAAGCUUCUGCAGGGCCUGCCCGGAGUCGCUGAGGGGCACCACGACCUCCGUACGCGCCGCCGCCCAGUGCAGCGCCGAGGCAGCGCCGCUCACGGCCGAGGAGCGCGAGCAGCGUGCGCACCUCGCCGCCUGGGAGGAGCAGCUCGCCACCAUGCGCCAGCAGCUCGCCGCGCGCGAGGCGGCGAUGGCCCGCCAGGUCGAGGAGAGCACCCGCCGCGCGUGCGAGCUGCAGGACCGGGAGGCCCGCACCGCACAGCUCGAGGCCGCGCUGGCGGAGCGCCAGCAAUCGCAGGACGGCGUCGACGCUCGCCUCGCCGAGCGCGAGCAGCGCGUCGUUCGCUGCGAGUCCCAGAUCACGCAGCUCGAGUCCGACAGGGAGCGCUCGCGCCUGGAGCGCGAGGCGUCGCCGACGACGGGAGCUUCGCGUGCGGGAGCAGAAGGUGGUGCUCGCGAUGAACGAAUCCAAGCAACGCAUAGAGGACGCCAUCGACGAGGCCGGCCUCGUGCGGCGGAAGCGCCUGACGUCGCGGAAGCAGCCCGGCGGCCGCGGGGCUGCCACCGCCACGGGCGCGCCGUCCGUGGGACGCUACGCCGCCUCCGCCUGCGCGCCCUCGGUGUACGCCCGCUCUCUCGGGGCCAGCAGCCCGCCGCGCCAGCACGACACGGCGGAGAUCUCCCUGUUCGGCUGCAAGCGCAAGGGCCCCGAGCCCGACGCGCAGCGCGAAGGCACGAGCGCCGCAGCGCCAGUGAGCCCCAAGGCCAGGGCGGUCGAUGCUGGCGACGGCUCGCCCAGCCGCGCACCCGGCCCGGCGGCUUGCGCGGCACAGGCGCCGCAGGACUGACGCGGCGGCGCGGGCGCCGCACCCCGCCGCCGGCGGCGGCAGUGCCCUCUCGAAGCUUGGCGCG